GGAGGAGGAAACUGAACUCUUGUUUACAUUGACUUCGGACUGAAUAAAAGAGCAAAGCACAUUUUGUUUGAAAGCAGAUUAGUUUGAGUGGACGGAUUAACGACUAUUGUUCUCCUUUUCAUAUUCUGGAGGUCAAGAACAGUGGACCGUUUGAGGCGACAUGGAGUGCAGCGGGAAGGUGACGCCCAAGCUGAUGUUGGCUGUGGGUACAGCUGUGAUUGGCUCCCUGCAGUUUGGUUAUAACACGGGAGUUAUCAACGCACCUCAGAAUAUCAUUGAGAGCUUCUACAAUGAGACAUGGAUCAACAGGUUUUCAGAACCUAUUUCUCGGAGCACUUUAACAACUCUUUGGUCUUUUUCUGUGUCCAUCUUCUCUGUGGGAGGAAUGUUUGGCUCCUUCUCUGUCAGCCUUUUUGUCAAUCGCUUUGGCAGGAGGAACUCCAUGCUUAUGGCCAAUGUAUUAGCUAUCCUUGCUGCUGUCUUUAUGGGCUUCUGCAAACUGGCAACUUCCUUCGAGAUGCUCAUCAUUGGACGCUUUGUUGUGGGUUUGUACUCUGGUCUCUCUACGGGCUUUGUACCCAUGUAUGUUGAGGAAAUCUCUCCUACAUCUCUUCGUGGAGCAUUGGGCACUGUGCAUCAGCUCGGAGUCGUGAUUGGAAUCCUCAUGGCCCAGAUUUUGGGGAUUGAAUCUUUUUUGGGGAAUGCCUCCCUGUGGCCAUUCUUGCUGGGUUUCACUCUGCUGCCAGCCUUGUUACAGUGUGUUCUACUGCCAUUCUGUCCUGAGAGUCCCCGGUACCUCCUCAUUAACUGCAACGAAGAGAGCAAAGCCUGCAGCAUUUUAAUGAAGUUGCGGGGCACUGAAGAGGUGAAUAACGACAUACAGGACAUGAGGGAGGAGAGCCAGAAGAUGAUGAGGGAGAAAAAAGUGACUAUUGCUGAGCUGUUCCGGUCUCCCAUCUACCGCCAGCCGAUCUUCAUUGCCAUCAUGCUGCAGCUGUCACAGCAGUUGUCUGGCAUUAAUGCUGUAUUUUACUAUUCUACUGGGAUCUUUGAGCGAGCAGGUGUUUCCCAGCCUGUCUAUGCCACCGUUGGUGCUGGGGUGGUCAAUACUGCCUUCACUGUGGUUUCUCUAUUUGUGGUAGAGCAUGUGGGCAGACGUCCUCUUCAUCUUAUUGGUUUGAUGGGGAUGGCAGUUUCUGCAGUUUUUUUAACUGUUGCCAUGGCGUUGUUGGAUCAGCUCCAGUGGAUGUCUUAUGUAAGCAUUGUGGCCAUCUUCAGCUUUGUAGCCUUUUUUGAAAUUGGCCCCGGCCCUAUCCCGUGGUUCAUUGUAGCUGAGCUUUUCAGCCAGGGGCCUCGGCCGGCUGCUGUUGCAGUUGCUGGUUUCUGCAACUGGUCUGCCAACUUCUUAGUGGGGAUGAGUUUUCAAUAUGUUGAGCAACUCCUUGGUCCAUAUGUCUUCAUCAUCUUUACCUUUCUGCUACUCGACUUCUUCGUCUUCACAUACUUCAAGGUACCAGAGACAAAGGGUCGCACCUUUGAUGAGAUUGCAGCAGGUUUUUGGCAUUCCUCUGGUCAGGGGGCUGACAAGUAUUCAGCUCCAGAAGAAUUUAACACUCUCAAGGGGGAUGACCCUGAUUUGUAGAAACUGCCAAAUGUCAACAUGCAUCUGAGUAGUAAAAAGUCACACACUCAAAUUUAACUGCUCAAUGUAAUACCACUUGUUUAAUAUUCACAUUGUAAUUUAUAGAUUGAUAAUGUAACACAUGAUUGUGGCCUUAGUCUGUAGCACAAACUGCCAUAAUAGAGAAAAUAAUCUUAACAACACAUGAGGAACUAAACUGAAGGUGUUAUGUGGUGCAAAAGAAAAAGAUACAGGAAUUUAUAAUUUCACCAUCCAUCCAUCCAUCCAUCCCAUCCAUCCAUCCAUCCUGACACAGAUGGAUUGUUAGGAAAAAUAGCUAGUUAUCAUACUUUUCCUGGCUACUUAUUUGUCUACUCUUAUUCUUUUUGUUGUAUCUGAACUUCAAAUCACAUUAAUUUCAUUCAAGGUAAUGUUUAUUUUAUAGAUUUUCACAAAAUCGCGCAACAGUUAUAAUAAAAAAACAAAGAACAAAUUUCUUGUGUCUUGUGUCUUCUUGCAUCAGCCUAAAGUUUGUUUUGCAUUAGCUUCAUUUACUGUAUUUGCUGAAGUUAAUUAAUUACAUUUGUCAUUAUGUGUUUUGUAUCGUCUUCUGUUUUAAGCAGUUAAUGCUGUUUCUCUAUUAUAGGUUGUGAGAUACAAAGUUCAGGAUCUUUAAAUGUGUGUAUGUCUAAAUUAAUUACAUCAUGUCUCCUACAGUGUACAAACUUUUCUAUGUACAGUAUAUUUCUAUAUUUAACAUAAUAUUUAGUCAUAAAGAGGUGAAUGUUUUUGUAUUAAAAUGUAAUUCAACUUUACGUUGUGUGUAAUUUACCAUGUCUCACUGUGUAGUAGAAAAUAAAGAUUAAAAAUCCAGAAAA